ACUUUCUCGUGUAUAGAGAAGAUUUGCACGAUAGAGAAUACAUAUUAGAAAUAUAGACGGAUCUUUUAUAAUUCGUGGGAAUAUUUUCAAAAUGUUGACUACUAUUGUGCAUUUUUACUUUUUGUUAGUUGUCGUGACAACAGCAACAUGCGACGAAGACUGGAAUUAUUUUGGCGAGCCAAGUUCAAAUUUUGCGAAAGAUGUCAAUCUCAUUUAUUAUAAAUGCAAUAACGAAACCCCUGCAACAAUCGCCUACCCUAUCACAGCUCCAGAAGGAUUGUUAAACGUGUUAGAAGAUAAGCGGACAAUCUUUUACGUAUUUGGAUUUUUACAAUUCCCAGAAGACGAAAAUGUUAAGUUAAUGAUGAAAGCACUCUGCUAUGGUAGAACGGACAACAUUGUGUUACUCGACUGGAGUAAAUAUUCUAUCAUUUCGACUGAAGUAAAAAUUCUAAACGUUCUUUACCCGAUCGCCUUUUUACGCGCUCACGGAAUAGGCAAAUUGUUCGGUCAAAGUAUACGACAGCUUGUUAAUAGCGGCCUUAAUGUAUCGAACAUUUAUUUGGUUGGAUACUCCUUGGGUGCCCACAUAGCUGGUAUUGCUGCUAGAUGCAAUAAUGAUAACUUCACGAUACCUCGCAUCAUAGGAUUGGAUCCUGCAAAUCGUGCAUUCUCUUUGGGAUUGGGAUACUAUCUCAGAUCUACAGAUGCAGCAUGGGUAGAUGUCAUUCACACAGAUAUGGGACGAUAUGGCACUUCUUUCCGCAGUGGAACAGCGGAUUAUUAUCCAAACAAUGGCAGAUGCCCUCAACCUGGUUGCUCUCCUGGCAUACCAUUAACCCAGAGAGAUAUUUGCUGUCAUCAAAAAUCAGUCGUACUGUAUGCAGAAUCGAAAAUGAAUCCUACAAAUUUUAGUGCCACACAGUUUUUCUAUUGUCCCAUACUACUUAUAUGCAAACGCAAAGUGGAGAUUAAUUUUGGCUAUGGUGCAUCGAAAAGAAUCGGAUCAUAUUAUUUCGACACUACACCAUAGAACUUUAUAAAGAGAACUACUUAUUAAAUUUAUACAUUUAUAUAUUCUUAAA